UGUAGUUUGGGAAAGUUGACUGUCUUAAUCUUCGCCACUGGACAGUGAGCCCCGCAUACGUCAUAAUGUGACGUACAGUAUGACAUAACAUGUCAAGAGUGCUGAGAGAACUUAGCCUGUUAGUAUUGUGUAUAAGGGCUAAAGCUCUUAUUUAGACAAGUUGCCUGUCCGCACAUGACAGUGAGUCCUGUCAAAUGGCUUCUGUGUUAGUCACAUGUCACGUCAGUGCUGAGAAACGAAUGGCUUCCUAAUGUUGCCAAGUCACACGCCCAACAAGCCUCCCUCCCCCUCCCUGUUCUCCUCACUGAAGUGUGUGUGUACGCUCUACGUACAUACUCCGCCCAUGCACGCACACACACACGGAAAUGGACACGGACACGCAUGCCCAAACACUCGCAGACAAACAAAUAAGCACACUCCUUCUGCGUCUCUGCCUGCCUGCACCUGCUGUUGCCUGCCACUAUGGCUGCCACGGCACACAAACCAGGCACCCUGGCACACAAACCAGUGGUCUUGGCACACAAACCAGCUGUUUUCCGCGGGUCGUCCCUGGCCCCAUACCAGCAGGGCCCUGGACGUCGGACCCCACUGAGAGAGAGUGGUGGCAGAGUCGCAGGAUCGCCCAGAGGCAGCAUCAAUGGAGAUGGCAGCGCCUCCCCUCAGAGGGACGAGCCCCAGUCCCUGGCCCAGAAGCUCCAGCAGCGGGUCUCCUCGGUGGAGUCCCUGUUCCGGGGUGGCAGUCCGUCUGUGCCGGGCCUGUUCCGUGCCGGGUCACGCGACAGCCUGGUGCGUAGCUCGUCACGCGACUCCCUGACGCCACUCGGCGAAAACGAUGCGGCCUCGGCCAACGCCUACGACCCGUCGUCUGACAUCGAGAGCGAGGCGGAAGACUCAGUUGCCCCCGGUAACGCAGAGGCCCUGCCCAAGGAUGAGCUGCUGCGGAGACUGCAGAGGGCUGAGAAGAGCCUUGGGAGCUACAGGUCCAAAUACUCUGAGCUUGUCAUAGCCUACAGGACAACGCAGAGAGAUAAAGAGAAGACGCAGGCUAUUCUCAGCCAGAGCCAGGACAAAGCCCUGCGCCGCAUCGGGGAACUGAGAGAGGAGCUACAGAUGGACCAGCAGGCCAAGAAGCACCUUCAGGAGGAGUUUGAUGCAGCUUUGGAGGAGAAGGACCAGAUGAUCACCGUGCUGCAGACACAGGUGGCGCUGAUGAAGAAGCGUCUGCAGGGUGUGCCGGGGCUGGCCGUGACGGGGGUAGGAGAAGAGAAGCCCGCCGAGGAGGCCUCCGCUUCAGAUUCGACAUCCGCUCCCCCCAGCCCCUCUAAAGAGCUCGCAGAGACACCCAGCGAAGCAGAGGCCGCCGUGGAGCCAGGUAAGGAGCUGGAGGUCCUUCAGCAGCGUGUGAAGCGGCAGGAGAACCUGUUGCAGCGCUGCAAGGAGAUGCUCCGCACACACAAGGAGCGCAGCGGACAGCUCACCUCUGAAAACGAGGCCCUGCAGCAACAACUACAGGAGAGACUGCAGGAACUGGAGAAGAUGAAGGAACUGCAUACUACGGAGAAGACAAAGUUGAUCACACAGCUAAGAGAUGCCAAGAACCUCAUCGAGCAGCUGGAGCAGGACAAGGGCAUGGUGAUUGCGGAGACCAAGCGGCAGAUGCACGAGACACUGGAAAUGAAGGAGGAGGAGAUUGCCCAGCUGAGGGUGCGUGUCCAGCAGGCCACCGCCCAGAAGGAGCAGCUCCAGGAGCAGAAGGAGAAGAACGAGAAAGCAGGCUUCGAGGAGCUGGAGAGAGCACUGGUGGCUGGCCAGCGGGCGGAGGAGGCACGCAGGAAGAUGGAGGCCCGACUGAAGGAGGCCGAGAGGAGCGGGGAGGAGCGCGUCCGGGAGGUGGAGAAGGCAGGAGAGGAGGAGAGGAAAAGCCUCCAGCAGGAGCUCACACGAGUCAAGCAGGAGGUGGUCAGCAUCAUGAAGAAGUCUUCCGAGGACAGAAUUGCAGAGUUGGAGCAUGCACAUGCAGAGGUCCUGGCCAGCAAAGAAAAAGAAUUCCAAGCUCAGAUGAAUCAAGCUGUGGAGCAGUGCCGUGAGGAGAUGACUCGAGUGGCCCAGGAGAGGGAGCAGCAGGUCUCCCUGGCCUUAGAGGAGGCGGAGCUCCAGAAGACAGCCCUGCAGGCGGGGGCGGAGUCUAAUGCCAAGGACCUGCAGAUUGAGCUGGAGGCUGCCAACACUAAAAUAUUGGAGCUUGAAAGCUCCUUGGCCAAAAACUCUGACGAGGAAGGCAACCAGGAAAGCAAACUGUCGUCACAGAUAGAGGAACUGAAGAAAAAGCAUGAGGCAGACAUGCAGGCACUUGAGGCCGAGCAGCGGGAACUCUUGGAGAGGGCCAAAGCGGAACAGGCAGAGGCCUUGAACCAACAACACAGCGCCUCUGUGCAGAAGCUGCAGGAAAAGCACAGGAUGGAAGUUGAGGCAAUCCUCAAGGACAAAGAGGUGCAGUUCCAUGCCCAUGUUGAGGACAUGAACCAGAAAAUAGUGGAGAAGUUGGAGGUGAAGCAAAAUGAUGUUGAGGCCCUAUCAGCGGAGCUCUUGGAGGUCACAAAGACCAAGCAGCUACUAGAGGAGAAGCUCACAGCAGCUGAAGAGGCCAGCAGGCUGGCAAGGGAAGAGCUGGAGAUGAGGCUCGGAGAGGUGCAGACGAAGCAUCAAGCUGAAGUGGAGGGCAUCAAGCAUCAACACGAAGAGUCACUUGGUGGAGUCGAGAAGACGUUGAAAGAAGAGCUGAAUAAGUUGAAAAUGUGUCUCGAACAAAAAGAAAGGGAAUCGGAGGAGCUCCACCAGCAGGGCCAGGUCUUGAGAGAAGAUUUCGAAAAGGCACAGCAACAUAACAACUGUGUGGUUAAAGAGCUUGAUGAGCUGAAGCAAAAGCAGCGAGAUGGGCUUAGUGAGAUAUCAGAACAGCUGACACAAUCUAAGAGUGAAGUAAAAGAUCUUAAACGCCUCCUGGAAAAGGCCAAAAAAGAAUGCCAGCAAAAGUCUGACCUAUUUGAGCAAAAACUCAAAGAGCUACAUGAAGCGCAGUGCCAACUUGAAAAGGCCAAACAUGAGCUCUCUGAGAAAGAGAACUCCCACACUGACAAACUGAAGGCCAUCCAAGAGGAGGUGAAUAAAUUAAAGAAACAGUUUGAUGAGGAAAGGAAAGCACAUUCAACCAAGAUUGAAAAUAUCAGAAAGGACAUGGAGGGCAAACUAAAAUCACAAGAGAAUAAAGCAGAAAAAAUCAAGCAGAAGGCCAAGGAAAUGCAGGAAAAGUUCAAGAAAAAGCUGCAGGAAACUGAAGAAACACUGAAGGGUGAGCUAGAGAAAAAAGAUAAAGAUUUGCAGCAGAAAGAGCAGCAACUCAAGGAUAAGAUCUUGGAGAUGGCCCAAGCCAACUCAGAGGGCCUAAACACUGCCUUAUAUGACCUGGAGGCUAACCACAAGGAGCAACUGGAAAAAAUCAGCAAGGUCAAGGCCCAAGAACAAGAACAGCUUGCGCAGACUUGGCAAGAGAAGCUCAGUCAGCAGGAAGAGGAACUGCUGGAGAAACAUGCCCUUGAACUGCAAGGCAAGUCCCAAGAGUUGGAUGAACUUAUGCAACAGCUUAGUGUUAGCAAGGAAGAGAAGGAGCACAUUGCCAAAGAGAUGACCGACCUGAGGGAGGAGUUGGUAAUAAGGGAGACUACUGUGCAGAAACUGCAAGCUGAGUUGAAGAAGGCCGCUGCAAAGCUAGAAAGUUUGUCACAGGCGGAGGUGAGGCUCAAAGACCAGGUGGAGUCAGUGGAGAAGAACCUUAACCAGGCCCUUAAUGAGCGAAACAUGUUCCAAGACCAAGUGGUGAAGUUGGAAGAGGACAGACGGGAAAGGGUUCAGGAACUGUCCAAGAAUCUAGAAGAUGCACACAGCAAGCUGAGUGCUAUGGAACAUGCCAGAAGUGAGGAAAGUGAUAGCCUCCAGAAGAAGCUAGAGGAGAAAGUUCAAAAGCUACAUGCGAAGGAAAAAGAGCUCCUGAACCACACACAAUCCAUGCAUGCACAAUUUGCAAACUAUUGCAAAGACGUCAAAGUCAAACUUGAUGGAUUCACUGACCAACUUUGUAUGAAUGUGGAAAAUCAAGUGAAACAGCUUCAAGACAGAGUCAUAAGCUCUCAAAACAGGGUAUCAGACCUUAGAAACAUCAUAAUAACAAGAAAUGACAGAAUUUGCACUUUAAAGGGACAGCUGAAGCAAAGGGAGCAGGAUAACCAGGGUUUGAGUAGAUCAGUUGAGGAGUUGACUCUUAAACUGAAAGAAAAUACUAAAGCCUUAACAAAUGAGAGGGAGUCUUUGCAAAAAUCCUCUGAUAAUAACUCCCAGAUACUUUCAGAGAAAGAGCUUCACAUUAAACAGCUGACAGAGGAAAACCAAACCAUUUCAGAAAAUAUUAAAGCAAAUGCACUACAUAUCAGCAAUUUAGAGAGCACCAUGAAUGACUUGAAGAAGCAGUUAGCAGGUAGUAUAGCUGACAAGGAAGAAGCCAUAUCCUUGCUGAAUAAGCAGCACAUGGAGGAAAAACAAACCCUCAACAGUCAGAUGGAAGAGUCCGUGGAAACACUAAAUAAAGAAAAAAGUCUUGCUCUUCAAGAGACAGAGACACUCAGGAUCAAACUGACGGAGUUCAAAACAAAAGCAGAAUCCAAGUUCACUGAGAACCACAACACUGUUAAGUCUCUGCAAGCGAGAAUAAUGGAUAUGGAGAAACAAGUAGCAGAGAAAGAAGAAAACGUUAAGAAACUCAUGGCAAGCCUUGACAAUCAGUCCCUAAGCAAAUCAGAGAUGGACCAAGUUCUUUCAGAAAAAGAGCAGAAGGUCAAUGCGUUGACAGUAGACCUUGAGAGCUGCACAAGACGAGCUGCUGACUUGGAAGAGCAGUUAGAGAUGAGGACAAAAGAGUCUGAGCAAUUGAAAAGGGACCUGCAACAGCAUUUGGACAUCAGGGAAAAUGAGAAGCGAGAGAUUAUGCAGCAGGUACAGCAGGCUCAGGAGCAAUCCUCUCAGAGCAGCCACCUUGUCCAGGAGAUGGAGGCAAAACUGCAGUCUCUGGAAAAAGACGCCCAAACCACCAAAGAAGACCUUGAGCAGCAGCGAGUCAGCUUUGAAAAGGAGAAAGCGGAGAUACUGAGGGAGAAGGAGGAGGCCUUGAGAGCGGCCGAGGAGCGCUCUACAGAGAGCACGGGGAAAGUGGCCGAGCUGAAGAAGAAAGCGGAGCAGAAGAUUAGUCUUAUUCGAAAGCAGCUCACCUCACAGAUCGAGGAGAAAGAGAAGGUCAUCAAGAGGCUUCAGAGUGAGAUUUUGGAGGUUCGGCAGCAAGAGGAGACAGCCAAGGAGCAGCAGGUGAAGCUGUUGGAAGCGAAGGAAAAGGGUCUAGAAGAGGCUCUCACCGCUCUACGAGAAGAGCACGAAAAACGGCUGGAGCAAGUGUGCCACGAUGAGAACAUCAAGAGGGAGGAGUCCCUCGAGAACUUGCGGAGUAGCUACGAGGAGAAAAUCGCAGGCCUUCAAACCAAAAUGUCUCAGGCAGAUAGCAUCGAGAACGACAGGGGGGAAGCCCUCCGCAGCCUUAAAGAGCUCCAGGCGAAGCUUGAAGAAGUCCAGGAGCAAAACUCUAGCCAUCAGGCUGAAAUCAGUCGCCUUAAGGCAGAUCUCCUAGAACAGACCUCGUUGGUUGAAGAGCUGCAGAAAGCUCAGGUGACGGAGAUGCCACUAAUCGAGAAAGAUCACUGUGUUGUAGCCGAGCAAAACCAUACCCUCUUGGGCAGUGUGCCAGGGAGUGAUGCAAGCCAACAGGAAGAGGAAUGGCAGCGGCAGAGAGCAAAGUUAGUGGAGGAGUAUGAGCAAAAGCUUCGGGACCUCACUCAGAGCCUUGAGCAAAAAGAGGGUCUUUUAAACCUCCAUCAAAACUCUUCUCAGGGAAACGGGUCCACUGACGGCGACACUUCAUCGGAACACAGUCCAGAGCACUUGAAGAGCAGGCUGACACAGACGGAGCAGGAGAAACAGAAGAUCCAAAAGGACUUCACGAGGUUGCAGAAGGAUCUGCGCUCGUUGAGGAAGGAGCAUGAGCAGGAGCUGCAGCAUCUAAAGAAGGAGAUGGAGGAAGAAAGUGAAAAGAGGCUGAAGCUGGAGAUGGAGGACAUGGAGCUGAAACACAACUCGGCUCUAAAGCAGCUUUUGAGGGAGUUCAACACACAAAUGGCUUUGAAAGAGAAGGAACUGGAGACCUCCGUAAAAGAAACCAUUGAGAAGGCCCAGAAUGUGGAGACGGAGCUACUGGACAGUCACAAGGAGGAGGCGGGGCAACUGAAGAAGGUGAUCGCCCAGAAGGAGGAUGACCUGAAGAGGACAGUGCAACGCUACGAGGAAAUCCUACAGAGUCGAGAGGAGGAGAUGGGAACGCGUGUGUGGGAGGUGCAGAAGGAACUGGAUGAACUUCAGCAGAGGAGUCUUAAAGACCCACAGAGUCUUGAGGAGCUUCAGGUGCAGAUGGCCCAGAAGAACACCCAGCUGAGUGAGGCCAGACUGAGGGAGCAGGAGCUGCAGGACAGGAUCCACUCCCUGGAGGACAAGCUCCGGUCUGGCCAUAAGAACUCUGUUGUGACUCACCUGGGAAGCGCCUACAGAGAUCCCCCUCUCAGCCCCAGUGCCUUCAACGAGCCCACAGAGUUCGAGUACCUGCGGAAGGUCAUGUAUGAGUACAUGAUGGGACGAGAGACUAAGACGAUGGCCAAAGUCAUAACCUCGGUGCUGAAGUUCCCUCCGGACCAGGCCCAGAAGAUUCUGGAACGCGAGGACACCCGAGUGGUGCCCUGGCUGCGGUGAGCUGAGAAGAUGGAGAGACGGAUGGUGGUGGUGGUGGUGAUGAUGAUGAUGAUUAAGAUGCUGCUGCUGCUGCUGCUGCUGUUGACAGACUGUUGGGAAGGGCCAGAAGACAAGAACUGCCAGAACUGACUUGAAAGAAAAGAGCCCUAUUCCUUUCCUGAUUGCUUAUCAUGUACUGUGUGUGUGUGUGUGUGUGUGUGUGUGUGUGUGUGUGUGUGUGUGUGUGUGUGUGUGUGUGUGUGUGUGUGUGUGUGUGUGUGUGUGUGUGUGUGUGUGUGUGUGUGUGUGUGUGUGUGUGUGUGUGUGUCUGCUGCCUGCUGGGUUGAUUGAGCUGAGGCACGGUAUGAGGGAAAUAGCUUCAUAAUUAAGCAUAAUAAUGCCAGAUAUCUAUCAACUCUUCCCACUUAGUUGCCUGCCAUGAAAUUAUGUUGUUUAUGUUAUUUUUUAUUUAUGAUUUUUUAAUUAGUUGAAUACUGUAGCUGGGUUAUAUUUGUAUUAUUAUGUUCAAGGAUGGUGACAGGAUUGUGCAAUAAUUCUAAACUUAAUUUCAUAUGUUAUUUACUCUUGAUUACUUUUUCAUGACGUGAUUUUUUUCUUUCAUGUCUGUCACAAAUGUGGAUGUUGAUUUAUUUUUUCUGUUUCUUGGAUCGUGUGAUUUAAAAAAAAGAAACUGUUUAACCUGCUUCCUGCACAUGUGUACUGUACGCAUCACUGACACAAACACACUGGCUCCAAUAGUACCCUGUUAUAUUACAGAGUAUAGCGGCUUUUCUACCUUAUCAUACUGUUAUUUUCUGGUGAUGGGCAGAAAAAAAGAAGGUAUCCUGUUGUAAAUUGUAAAUAAUGAGUUUAAAUCUGUACCAUAGGGCACAUUGUGACUGUUGCUACAUUUUACAACUAAUAAUAAAGUUUUAUUUACCAUAA